AUGCUGUCUGAGACAGACGAUUCCGCCGAAGCAAGUGCAGUGGAGGACAGUCUUCGUGGCUCCAUCGCCCAUGGCCGCACCAAUCCCAUCCCGACGGAUCUCUUCAGCCGUCCGCUUCCAGCUCACAGCAACGACGCAUACGCCUUCGCAGCGACACCCGACUCGGCACCGCCUCAUCCUGCGACACUUCAAGCGGGGUGGCAUUCACCUCGGGUAGCAGGGCGCUCCGGCCACCCCGCAGGAGCAGCCGCAGCAGCAGCGUUCGACGAGACACCAGGCGCAGGUCCAAGCACUGCUGCUGCUUUCCAUGCACCGCCGCGUAUCGAGCGACAGCUGCCUGCUGCACGGACUAACACACACAUCGCGAUUCCGAUUCUGCCUUCCUUUGCUGCCGGUGCUGGCCCGAAUCUGUUUGCGAGACCGCCGACUGCUUCGACGGCGGCUACGGGGGUGAAUGCGUUCGGCAGCCCGACCGAGAUGUCCAUGUCGAGCUCGUUUAGCUUUGCUCCCCGGGCUGCGACUGGCUCGCUGUUUGGUCCUCCUUCCAUCACCUCAAGAGAUGCUGUCCCUGUAGCGGCAGCAGCGUAUCCGCAGUUCGCAGCGCCACACACACCGUUCCGAUCAGCACGCCCCACCACAGCAGCAGCAGCAGCAGCAGCACAUCACGCCAUGGCAACAUCGCCUUCUUCUGCCGCGUCGUCGAACCUCGACGCAACAGCAUUGGCAGCAGAACGUCGGAUUAGGGAAGCUAGGGCGGCUAGUCGAAGUGCUGCGUCCGGGGAAGAAGCACAUCGGCAGCGAAGAGUCUCCUUCUCUCCGACCAUCAGUACGCCUCAGAACAAUGGCGGAGCGGAUAUCUUGCACCACGCUGUUGCUGCUGCUCCACCGUCGCUUCCUAAUCGGGCAGCUGCAGCAGCAGGCGCUGCACCUCCCAGACAAGCAAGCAUUGGAGUGGACUCGAGCCUCUCGCUCCUCGGCAACCCAUCCCGAUACGCAUCGAUCCAGCAUCAAAGCGGUGGUGCAGAGUACCCAGAUGCCAGCUUCUCGCUCUCCACCGAUUCGACAUUUGCCCGGCCUACCGCUACGCGCUUGUUCGCCGCUUCUUCCACCACGGCUGAGCCUCAACCUCUGUCCUCCUCUUCUUCCACUGCUCGAAGCACACACGCCGCAGCGAAAGCGUCCGAGCCCGAGCCUGAAGCAGACUCAGGCGCACACUCGGUCUCGUGGUCUGCCGAAAACGCGUCCUCGUCCAUCCGCUCUGCUUCGUUUGCGGAUCCACCGCCGCCGACAGUGCGACUGCGCAAGUGGGAUGGCAGCCAGGCGGUGGUGCCCGCGUACCUCUUGUCGGACUCGGCGGAGACGGUGGUGGAAGAGCAGCGGUUUGAUCACGACGUGCAGGAACGCUUCGAUAUGCGCUCGAUCGUCGCUCGGCGGGCUGACAACGUUGCGGGUCGCGCAGCGCUUUCGACGGAGAAGGCGGGAGCGGAAGGGGAAGCGGAGGACGUGGAUGCGGUGCAAGCGAUCUUGGAAAUCCAGCUCGGCCUGCGCGGACUGCACGGCUGGUACGGCCACACGUUCCGCAACCGACCUGGGUCGAGCACCAAGGACGACGGGAGGACGAGCAGGAAGCGUCGUCGCUCGGACGCCUCUUCCACGUCCGCUUCUGUCUCGGAUACACCCGCUGAGGAGGACGACGACCCAAUUAUAGUCUACGACGCAUUCGGGCGCAUACGCGGGCACAUUACGCUGCCCAACUACACCGCACACGGUGGCCCACCGCUCCCACUCCCUAGUCCGCACCAAACCUUCGCCCUCCGCCACGAGUCGGCCGCCUCGCACGUCCUGCACACCACCGCCCAGCUCGUCGCAAAAGAACAGACCCUCGUCGACAACCUGCAACAGCUCAAAGACCAGUGCGCCAGCUUGCAGUCCACCUCGUCCACAACGGUGCGCUCCGAACGCUUCAUGUCCGAGCUGAAAAGCAAACGGAAAGCUUUGGUCGAGUUCCAACGCCACCACAGGGCCAAGCUCCGCAAGGGCCUGCAGAACGCUUACGUCGAUUCUGUCACGCUGUCGCGCGCACCACGUCGAAUCUAG